AUGAAAGCGUCGGCAAGGAAAUUUGCUUUGAUCUUAAUCCUAUUGACGUGUAUUCUGCUUGUUGUUCAAGUGCAGCCAACCGAGUCAUCAUCGACAGUCAAGAUAACACCUGAACAGAAACGGGAGUUAAGGGCAAAGUCAGUUGAGAUGUUCUAUCAUGCUUAUAAUGCCUACAUGAAUAAUGCCUACCCAGCUGAUGAAUUGAUGCCUCUAACAUGCAAAGGCCGCUAUCGAGGAACUGAACCAACACGGGGAGACAUGGAUGAUGCCCUAGGGAAUUUCACAUUGACUUUAAUCGACACAUUGGACACCCUUGCUGUCCUGGGUGAUAUUGAUGGGUUUGAGAAAGCAGUGAGACAUGUGAUAGCAGAUUCACGAUUUGACGCUGAUAUUGUUGUGUCUGUAUUUGAGACCAACAUCAGAGUAUUAGGGGGUUUGCUGGGAGGUCAUGUAGCUGCUAGUUACUUCAAGAGGAAGAAGAUAUCCAUGCUGUGGUAUCAUGAUGAGUUGCUGACAAUGGCAAAGGAAGUUGGAGAUCGUCUGUUGCCAGCUUUCAAUACAACCACAGGGAUUCCUUAUCCACGGGUAAAUAAACUUGAAGCAUGGGAAUCACUCCCAAGAUUUUCUCACUCCUACAGAGAUACCUGCACUUCGUGUGUUUUGCAUCUAUGCCGAGGUACCAUGAUUUUAGAGUUUUGUGCUGCUCUGAGAAGGCAAGAAAAGCCAUGGAUUAUCUGUGGUGGCCAACGUCACCGUAGCAACAACCUCAUGGGUUUGGUUAUCAACAUUCACAAUGGGGACGGGGUUUCGAAGAGGUACAAAAGUGGUGUGGGUGCAGGCAUCGACUCCUACUAUGAGUAUGUGCUGAAAGCGUAUGUGCUGCUUGGAGAUGAUACCUAUCUGUCAAGGUUUAAUAAGCACUAUGAUGCUGUCAUGCGUUACAUCAGCCAGGGUCCUAUGCUUGUUGAUGUUCACAUGCACAAACCAACAAGUACUGCCAAAAACUUUAUGGAUGCCCUCCUAGCAUUUUGGCCAGGGUUGCAGGUGUUGGUGGGAGACAUUGGGCCAGCUGUAGAGACUCAUGAAAUGCUGUACCAGAUUGUCCAGAGGCACAACUUUCUGCCAGAGCAUUCACUACAGACUUCCGAGUUCACUGGGGGCCAGCACCCACUACGUCCUGAAUUUCUUGAGUCAACAUAUUUUCUUUAUCAGGCAACGGCAGACCCAUAUUACUUGUCAGUUGGCAAGACUGUCUUGGACAAUCUGGAACAACAUGCCAGGGUGGAGUGUGGUUUUGCAGCCAUCAAGGAUAUAAAAACGGGCUCCCACGAGAACCAAAUGGACUCCUUUGUUUUGGCGGAAACAUUCAAGUACUUAUACCUUCUGUUUUCUGAAAAGGAGGAUAUAAUUCUAGACCUUGAUGACUUCAUAUUCACAACUGAGGCUCAUCUGCUGCCCUUGACCCUGUCAGUGGGCAACUAUUCCUGGAAGACCCCAUCCAAAGCUCACCCUGACAUCUACAAAUUUGACUUGAUGUCAAGCCCAGGUGGAAGCGAUUAUGAUGAAGACAGAGACAUCUGCCACAACUACCACGUUACAAACACAGAAGGCUCAAGCUACCCCCAUAAACUGAGGCACCAGUUGCGUGACAUGGUGGACAGGUUGCACCCCAGAGUUCAGACAGAGCCCCCGAGACUCAAAGCUGCAGAUUUUGUGGCGGGCAACAAAGAGCACCUGGAAAUUCUCCGUGACAUGGGCAUCAGGAUUGCCACUAUGCCUGAUGGACGCAUCCAGUUGCUGCACACUUCCUUCGGAGGCUGUUUCAUGCAGGAGAUGAUUGAGCUCAGCAAGCUACAGAAACAAGACAGUCAGCACGAUCCCAUGUAUGUUAGGCUCAUGUCAGAUCCUUUCAAAGGUGAGGUUGUUUAUAAAGCAGGUCCUUCCCAGUUUGGAUAUAACUUGAGCAAAAACCCACCGGUACAAGGACAGCUGGCUAUCACCAAACCGUUUAGAGCCUGUGCUGAUAUUGAAAAUGGCGAAGAACUGAAAGGAAAGAUCGCCAUCAUUGAGAGGGGAGACUGCAUGUUUGUUGACAAAGCAAGAAAUUUGCAAAGGGAGGGUGCCAUUGGCGGCAUAGUUCUGGAUCAAGCUCAGGGUUCUUCUAGUGAGUUGCUGAGUUUGUUUGCCAUGUCCGGAGAUGGCACUAAUGACAUUACCAUUCCAAUGGUGUUCCUCUUUUGGAAACAAGGGCAUGACCUCUUUGAAACACUGAACAGAUAUCCUGACCUGCUUGUGGAACUCACAUCAAAAGAAGGUGUCCCGAAACCAGCACAGCCUAGCUCUGAAGUUCCGACUCCUGUAGUCAGUUCAGAUCCUGCCUCUGCCACCUCUCCAGCUGUGUCACUCCCAGACUCAGAACAUCCUGGGAAAAACCUCAUUGAAGAAACAAGCACUGUAGAAAUACCACCACUAGCUGUAUCCACAGCUUCUACGCCUCCCAUUUCAACUACAUCAUCAGAACCAGUUGGUGGGUUCUCCAAAUCAGAGCAUGCUUUCUACCAUCAUGAGGUGCUUGAUGCUUCUACACGCCAGUAUUUUCUGCAGGCAGGCACCAAGUUCCUGCACCUGAGCAUUGAAGUUUCUCCCAGAGAAGAGGCAGAUUCAGAAGAAGACUGUAGAAAACUAAAAUAUGAGCCUCUCCCUGACGGCUCUAAAAUGUUUACUUUUUACCUGCGCCAUAGACUGUCUGGCUUGGAGAAACCCAACCUCAACGAAAUGUACCUGGAUGUAAUCCACUCCUUGCAGCACCACACCAACUUUGAACAGCUCGACCAGUCAUCUGAGUACAUGAAAGCUAUAGCCAGGUUCAUGGAGUCAGCCUUUUUCUCCAUAGAACGCAUUGAUAAUGUUUCACUGGAGGUCAUGCGUCAUUUUACAGCAGUCAUUCAAACAAAGCACAAUUUUCGGCAGGAAGAGUCCAUGUCUGUUGGUGGGAACAAACAUGCUGGGGUAAGUCCAGACAUAGCACCGCAGCCAGCCACCGGUGCCCAUGUUGUGGAAGUUUCAAAUAAGGUCUUGUCAUCAUCGAUCAUACCGGAGGCUAGUGCUGACACUCCGCUCGGUGCUGAAGGCAGCGAUAUCAACACAAAAAUGUCACAUGUCUCUGAACAUGGUGAGCAUAACUAUCCAUCUCAUAAUGAGUUUCUACAGCCAUCUCAAACUGCAGACUUUACUUCUGAUUGCUCUGGUCUUCAAUCAUCUUCCAUAGAACCAGCCUCCAUAGAAGUGCCCAAGUUGGGUUCCUCAGACAUUCAGUCUUCCUUGACUGAGAGCCAUGUUCAUAGUGAGUCCAGGCAACAGUCUGCAGACAGUUUACAUGUGAAAUCCAAUUCUGCCGGAUCUAUAGAGCAGAAACAUCUAGAUCCGCAGUCAAUAGCCUCCACACCAGCAACAUAUUCAGAUACACAGUCGUCAGCCUCUAAAGCAACAGCACAACCUGAGAAAGAAGAGGAUGCACAGAAUAACAGAGAUGAGUUAUAA